UGCAUCAAAAUUUGGGUGGGACAUAAUCAUUUGGCCUUCUGUGAGCUGCUAGUUAUCUCUCUGCAUGUUUUGUUCAACAUUAUUCAAAAAAUGGAAGGAAUAGACAUCUUCUGUGCAUCUCAAGCUUCAACUGCCAUUUAUUUAAGCAUGAACCAACCUUCUUCCUCCUCCUCCAUUCUUCUUGGCGGCCGAGCCAUCGACCGCCAUAACCCCAUCAUUGGAGAUGGAAGAAGAUUCACCAAAGGCCUACCCACCGCCCCUUGUUCUUCUCACCAGCCGCCUGUAAAUCCCAAACCUUACCACCAACUUCAAAGCACCGGAAAAACUUCCUCCAAAAAGUCACCAUCAACCGAUCAAACCAAGAAAUACUCGAGUGAUCCAAAGAAGAAGUCUUCAUCAAAGUCAUCCGAUGCUGCAGACUGCAAGAUCAAAAGUUACGAUAAGAUUACUGACAUUAUAAUGAAGGGAUGUUUUAAGCCAACCACCCCAUCUGGCUCGUCUAGAUACCUCUUGAGCGACGUAGCUUUCUUCUCCGAUCAUGACCCGGUUUUGGCAUUGGUUCCUGUUGAACCCAACAAGAAGCCUAUGCAGGCUGUUAAACAAGAAGAUGAAUCCACUACUCCAAAGAUUUCUUCAUCAUCAUCAUCUCGCUCUGAAAAGCCUUAUUCAAACCAGGUGGUGGUUUUGAGAGUGUCAUUGCAUUGCAAAGGCUGUGCAGGAAAAGUAAGGAAACAUUUAUCCAGAAUGGAAGGCGUGACUUCGUUCAACAUAGAUUUCGCGGCGAAGAAGGUGACGAUUGUGGGAGAUAUAACACCCUUGAGUGUCUUAGCCAGCGUUUCAAAAGUGAAGAAUGCGCAAUUCUGGCCGGCUGCUCCGCCACCAGAUUCAUCUUCACCUGCCGCAUCCCCUGUCGCCUCAGCUAAGAAGGGAGAGAUUAAGUAAAACUAAGCGGUACUACUGUGCGUGUAUGUUGUAGAACAGUUUAUUAAAAUAAUAUUAUUUUAAUAUUUUUUCUUAAUUAA